AUGAAGGUUUUGGGCGGGGGAAAGACCGUGGCAGUAGUGUUGGUGUUGACGGCGGUAAUGGCGGGGGGAUUAGUAGAGAAAGGGGAGGCGCAGAGCUGCGGGAGCACGUUCUUCUCGGCGCUGGUGCAGCUGAUACCAUGCCGGGCGGCGGUGGCGCCGUUCAGCCUAAUUCCGCCGAGCGAUGCUUGCUGCACCGCCAUCAAAACCCUGGGCCAGCCUUGCCUCUGCGUCCUCGUCAACGGCCCUCCCAUCUCCGGCGUCGACCGCAGCAUGGCCAUGCAGCUGCCCAUGAAGUGCACCGCCAACUUCCAACCCUGUAUACUACCAAUUAGAUUAACACCUCUCUCUCUGUGA